ACAGGUGUAUGUAUGUAUGUCCACGGAGGUCGAUGAGGCCGGUCACUGAACUGAAAUUCGCAGAGCGUAAUGAAAGACCAUGAAGAGUCAACGAUCGUACCGACUGAUGGACGUCAGCGACAGAAGUUGGGUGUCGAAUCUCUCCUACAAGCGAGCACCGAUUAGCGUCACGAGAUAUUUCGGACGGUUCUCGGACGAGAUGCAGAUGUUUCACCCCUUAUACCUCAUCGGCCUGUCACCCGACAGCCGGUCCCUACCCAAAUCAUGGUGCUUGUGGAGCCCGGCAAAGCUUCACCAACCGAAUUGGGGGCUUGCUCAUCGACAAAAUUUGUAUUUGUAUGACAGAUGAACCUUGUGUGCGUGAGAUGAACUAUUCGAUUCUCUAGCAGAAGAAGAAUCGCGUCUGAUAAGAACGAGCUCCUUCGUUUUUCGUCAUGACGAGGAUACAUGCAUUACAGGUUUCGCAGUGGUCGGAAUUCAAACGAGAUCGAGCCCUUCGUCUUCUGGAACUGUUGGACAUGCAACAAACCUCGAUGCCGUAUAGAAAUGGAGGACGUGCUCGACAUUUCCGAUCUGGCCCUCGACAGGAGGAGUACCCGUAAUUUUUCUACGGAUCAGCAGUUGUUGACAGACUUCUUUAUGAGGUUUCGUUGUACACAUGCAGAAUCAGAAUAAAUUCUGACCAGAGUUCAUGUGAUCUGUGAAAGUACGAGGUUUGUCCGUAAAUUGUGGCCGUCCAGCUUGAAAGAGUCAGAGAGUACCGCUUGAGGAGAGAUGAAGUUAUUCAUGAAGAGAAGUCGUCAAAUCUGUUGGCAAAUUGCAUUGAGAUGGGACUGCUUUCACAGCUCGAACCUCGAAAUCGGCUUCUCGAGCUUGCGUGCAUCGUCCACCAAUCCGCGAGAGAGCUGUAAGAAUGAAUGUGCAUGCAAAAGCGAAUGAUUCGUCCUCGUGUGUGUACGAGGCGGCCAAUGCAUGCCCCCAAUCCGGUCUUCACUACAAAUUCGAAGCAAAAUCCGGACGACAGCUCGAGAAAAAUAAUGGUCUCGACUCCAGCUUUUCAUUUUGAUAAAAGCCUUUUUUUUAACCGGGUUCCCAACAAACAGCGCUACGUCUGGUGCGGAUUCGGUCAAUGCUCUCGCGGCUGAAACAGGUGGAAAACAGCCACACCUCCAGAGCUUCAUGUCUGUAAGGUCGGUGACUAUCUCUCUCUCUCUAGGAUCUCCCUCCCUCCCUACCAGAUCAGAAUCAACCUCGCAGAAUCUUCGCAACGCAAUCUUUGUGUGCUGAAUCAGCAAGCAAUCCACUCGACGCGAAGAUAUAUAUUUCUUUAUUGCCGCCACAGUCUUCGUGGUCGGUGCCUCCCCGAAACCCAGUCAGUAGUCACCAGACAUCUCUCUCAGCACGCAACAACGUUCAUCUGAUUCAUCAUAUGACGGACCUCAUCUAUUCUCACGGAUCGCCAAUCAACUGCAAACUGCGGAUCCUGAGAGGCCACCAUCUUCGAAUCUACUCCCGAUCGAUCGAUACGGGACUCGAACGAAGAGCAGUUUCGAUUGAUCAUGAAGCCCAUCCCAUCGCAUCGCAUCCUCCGCUCCAGCCCGAUGAUCUUCUCGCUGCAAUCAUCGAAAUUGAAGCAGAUUCUUGCAGCGUGAACCUCAAAACCGCAGAAAUUCCAGCUCAUGCUCAAGGAUCGCGGAUUUCCAAAUCGUCCACGAGUUCGCAUCCGAGGAAGACGAAUUCGAGCCAGGGGAUCCGUGUAACGACCGAUUUCAGUGCGCAGUGAAGGCGCACGCGGCGGAACUCGAGCUGGCAGGACACGUGUCGCGCUCUGCGGGCGCCGGGGUGGAGAUACUUGCCCCCGUUAUCAGCCGCGGUGAAAAGGCCCCAAUUUUACAGAUAUUAGAUGCCGCCUCUCCACCCCGCGGGCGUAAAGUG